AUGCAGACUCCUCAGAAAAGCCCGAGCAUCAGCCUUUUUGAGCAGAGGAAGAGCUCAGCAACCAGACAAGAGGAAGUUGCUGGAAUCCGGGCAAAGUUCCCAAACAAGAUCCCGGUAAGAUUUCAUUCGCUCACCAUGGAGCAGUUCCUGCCUGUGCUGGACAAGACCUAGUUCCUGCCCGGCCCACAGGGGCUGACCGUGACCCAGUGCCUCGGCAUCAUCCGGAGCCCCAUGGUCCUCGGGGCCACUGAAGCCUUUCACCUGCUGGUGAACAACAGGAGUGUGGCCAGCCCGAGUGUGACCAUGGCAGAGAUCUACAGGGACUGCAAGGAUAAGGACGGCUUCGUGUGCAUGACCUGCUCCUCCCAGGAGGUGUUUGGGGGCUUGGGGUCGGCAGCCCCCUCCUGGGGGCAGACCCUGCCAUCCUCUCCAUUUGGGGACUCAGCCUGGAAGAACGGAAAGGCUGAGAGUGACUUGAACAGCCAGGACCUGGAAUCAUCUGGAGACUUCUUCGUUCUCUUGUCUGACCCCUGGGCUGGGAUGACUCAAGGCUGGGCCCAGCUGGGAGUGUGGGCUGGAGUGGUUCCAGGUGACCUGUCUCAGCACGGGUGCCAGGAGGGAGCAUCCUCAGAAGGAGCAGCUGGAGAGCGUGUGAUCCAAGAAACCGAGGCGAAGCUGGCCGACCAUAGGGGAUGA